CCUUUAUUUCACAUAAAGUGAACAAUUUCAGAGCUGCUGUUCAACACGACAGUUCAGAAGAGAAAAAAAAAAAAUUUUUUUUGAAAUAUUGUUUGAGCAGUGAGUCAGUGAAGGACGAUGGCAUCUGUUGAUCAUUGUGACACACUAGAUGAGCUUGAAGAAGACGAGCUGAAACACAAGGAAGUUCAGAUGAGCAGCAGCGCUCACACUGGAGUCAGUGUUGAUCUGAAUGCUCAGACGGGAGCAACUGUAAAUGCUCCUGUACUCCUUGGAAACACCAUCACAGGACCAGUGACCUUCAUCACGAACCCUGCAGGAAAUGAGCCACAAAAAAGUACAGCGGCAGCAGAGAAACACACAGAAGAGCAAGAGGAUUUGAAUCUGAAAAAUUUCUUGGGAUCUCACAAAACCGACAUGAAGAAAGCAGAACAUAUUUUUGAGUGCAAGAAAGAAAAUGAAGCACUUCUUAAGGAUGUUUACACAGAACUCUUCAUCACAGAGGGAGAUAUGAAAGAUGUCAAUCAGGAACAUGAGAUUCUGAAGAUUGAUGAUGCUUUCAAGUGCAAAAAAACACAGGACAAACCAAUCAAAUGCAAUGAUAUAUUUACAUUACUAAGAGGAAAAAAUGAAGAAAAGAUUGUGCUGACCAAGGGAGUCGCUGGCAUUGGAAAAACUGUCUCUGUGCACAAGUUCAUAAUGGACUGGGCAGAAGGAAAAGCCAAUCGUGAUAUACACUGUGUGUUCCUGCUUCCAUUCCGAGAUAUUAACAGCAUUAAAGACAGAGAGUUCAAUCUCCAUGAGUUUCUGCUGAAAUUUUAUCCUCAAUUGAAGGAUCUGGAAAAAUCAAAAUUAUAUAAGAAAUGUAAACUUGCAUUCAUAUUUGAUGGACUUGAUGAGAGUCGCCUGCCUUUGAAUUUCAAAAGUGAAACAUUAAACAAUGUUGAGGAAAGAUCAUCUGUAGAUGUGCUGUUCACAAGUCUGGUCAAAGGGAAGUUGCUUCCAUCAGCUCUCGUCUGGGUGACCUCACGACCAGCAGCAGCCAAUCAGAUCCCUCCUCAGUAUGUGGGUUUGUCCACAGAGGUGCGAGGAUUUACUGACCAACAGAAGGAGGAGUACUUCAGAAAGAGAAUCACAGAUAAGACUCAGGCCUCCAGAAUCAUCUCACACAUUAAGAAGUCUCGUAGUCUCUACAUCAUGUGUCACAUUCCUGUGUUCUGCUGGAUCACGGCCACAGUACUUCAGAAUAUUCUCAAGAACAAUACAGAGAACAUCAGCACAACACUCACUGAAAUGUACAUUCACUUCCUGCUGAUACAGAUGAACAUGAAGAGCCAGAAGUAUGAUGAGCAAGAAGAAAGAGAAUAUACAAAGCUCUUAGAUUCGAACAGAGAAAUUAUUCAGAAAUUAGCCAAGCUAGCGUUUGAACAGCUGAAGAAGGAAAACAUUGUGUUCUAUGAGAAAGAUCUGAAAGAAUGUAGUAUUGAUCUGAAAAUAGACUUUGAGUCCACAGGAAUGAUCACUGAGAUUUUUAAGAAGGAAGUUGGUCUUCAUGAAGUAAAGGUCUUCUACUUUGUGCAUCUGAGCAUUCAAGAGUUUCUUGCAGCAGUACAUGUAUUUUUCUGUUACCUGAACAGAGACAUGCAGGGGCUUCAUUUUUUUCUUUGA